GCCAACACUACCCCACCGAAUUUUCUGAGCGUGCUACUGUUUAUAACAAACAAUUUCGGUUUUUGCUGUAAUUUAACCAAAAUAAAUAUACAAAAUGAAUGCGCCGCCCACCUUUGAGUCAUUCCUGCUCUACGAAGGCGAAAAAAAAAUCAUCAAAGAAUUGGACACCAAAGUAACAAAUGCGGCUAUAUUUACGAUAAAUAAAGAGGAUCACACUCUGGGCAACAUGAUCCGCAACCAACUGCUGAAGGACCCCAAUGUUUUAUUUGCCGGCUACAAGGUUCCGCAUCCCCUGGAACACAAAUUCGUCAUCCGGAUCCAAACUACGGCGGAUUAUUCCCCUCAAGAGGCCUUCAUGAACGCCAUAACCGAUCUGCUGGCGGAAUUAUCUCUCUUUGAAGAACGCUUUAAGGAUGCCAUCAAGGAGAAAAAGGAGGGAGGCGAUUAAUUGUACUUCUAUCUUAUAUAAAACCCAAUAAACUCUGGACAGUCUUCUUCCACA